AGGAGAACAAUCGAAUCUUGAGAGCAAUCAUGUCAAUGCGGAGGCGAACUUUGCUCAAAGUCAUUGUUCUUGGCGAUAGCGGGGUUGGAAAGACCUCCUUGAUGAAUCAAUAUGUUCAUAAGAAGUUUAGUCAGCAAUAUAAAGCUACAAUUGGUGCUGAUUUUGUCACUAAAGAACUCCAGAUUGACGACAGGCUCGUCACUCUACAAGUGGGUUUUCUGGUUCAAUUCAAUGGGCAAGAGAGAUUUCAGAGUCUUGGAGUUGCAUUUUAUAGAGGGGCAGAUUGCUGUGUUUUAGUCUAUGAUGUUAAUGUCAUGAAGUCCUUUGAUUCCCUCGAAAACUGGCACGAGGAGUUUCUCAAACAGGAACUUCUUACUUGGAAAACUUCAGCUAUAGUUCGCAUUUUGUUGCGCAGGCAAACCCUUCUGAUCCAAGGAUGUUUCCUUUUACAGUGCUUGGAAACAAGAUUGAUAUUGAUGGUGGGAAUAGUCGAGUGGUAUCUGAGAAGAAAGCAAAGGACUGGUGCACUUCUAAAGGGAAUAUUCCCUAUUUUGAGACUUCCGCAAAAGAGGACUACAAUGUUGAUGCUGCAUUUUUAUGCAUUGCGAAGACUGCUCUAUCUAAUGAAUAUGACCAAGACAUAUAUUUUCAAGCUAUGCCUGAGACUGUUCCAGAUAAUGAGCAAAGUGGCGGGUGUGCAUGCUGACAAACAAAUGUGGAAUGAAUUUCUUUAUCCUCUUAAUGCCAUGGCUAAAAUUCUUGGAAUUUUUUUGGUUAAAGGGUGAUUGUGCUCCCUUCUUCUACACCCUACAUAGCUUGAGUAAAUCUUGUUUGAUUUACAUAUUGAAUUUUCAUGAAAUGUAGAAAUGUCCUGUUUUAAGAAGGACAAGCUUGACAAAUGACAAUGUUGGUGUGUAGGGAAGAAUGUUCAAUUGAUUUACCAGUGAUUCUUUGGGCAAAUGUUUCCAAGUUGUCAAGUUUAGGUGUAGAAUGACAAUUCUCUCUUCUUUAGAAAAACGAGAAUUGCCUCUUAUUAUAUUUACUUUUUAAUUUUUGUAAACUAUAAAUGCAUUAAUUUUAUUUUACCCCAAUUUUAAGC